GACUCAUGUCAUCUAUCACCAACUAAACCAAAAAUACUUGUCGAAUAUUAUCCCGCCUAUAAACUUAAUAAUUUAAAACCAGGGAUAAAUUUUAAUAUCAGCUCAUCAAUUGAUUACUUAAACUAUAUUGCAUAUGGCCCAAAUGAUCUUGUUAAUAAUGCCGCAAAUAAUGAUGCUGGUGGAGACCCAUUAAAAUUUUUUAACAGUUCCAAAUUUAAUGAACUGUCAAACUAUAAGGCAAAUAAAAAUUUAAAAUUUAAGAUUGAUAUAGACUAUCCCUUCAAAUUUCCGUGCAAUCCUUCAAUAGGAUUCGAUGAAACUGAUUUUUCAAAUUUCCUAAAUGCCAUAUCAGCACAAUUAGGUAAUAAUAAGAAUUUAACAAUUACGGCUGGCCAAUAUCCUAUAAAGAGCAUCAACUCAAAUAUCAUUAGUUUUAUAAAUCUUCAGAUCGAAUCAAAUAAUUGGACUUCUAUAGAUCGUUCAAAACUCGUUUUAGGCGUUGAAUUUGGAGGAAUUGUCGAAAUUGUCACUUCUAAAAAUAUUAUAUCAGACAUUGAGAAUCAGACUCUUCAUCUAGCAAAUGUCUCAAAUUUAAGCUUCCCUUUUCCUACUGAAACGAUUCCAGAUCAAUGUAGCAUUUCAUCAUAUGCAUAUUGGCCAUGGAAAGAUUUAAGUAGUCAAUUAUCAUCACCAUUUUGUCCUACAAAUUUAACUUCAUCGUCACAAAACUGGACCUAUGGUUUUAUUAACAAUGCGAAACAACCAUAUCUUUACCGACAAGAUCCGUCUUCAAAAUACUACUAUGUUGCUUUCUAUGAAGAUUAUCAAUCGUUAAAUGCUAAGCUCGACUAUAUAAAAAAUAAUAAUUUAGCAGGAAUUGCGAUUGCAGACAUUACCAAAGACUCACAAUUAAUAAACUUUAUUUCGGGGAAUCAAACAAAUAAUACGGGAGGGAAUGAACCUUCAUCUCCCGAUAUAGCUGCAAUAGUGGGUGGUAGAAUAGGCUCCAUUAUUUUUGUUGGCACAUUAGUAGCUGUUGGCAUCGUAUUGUAUCGAAGAAAACACAGAGCGAAAACGUCUAAUCCACUCAUAGAUACGAAUAAUCAGACUUGCUCUGAUACAAAUCCUCAGAUUUAUUCUGAUAUAAAUCGUCAGUUAAUCCUUUCAGUCUUGUUGCCUACUACUCAAGACUUAGUAAAAAUCUCCCCGUUUUCUAAUAUUGUAACUGGGCAAUAUAAUCAAAAUAACACUUUUGUUAGUGAUUUAAUUAACAUUGUCGCCGAGAAUUCGUUCGAUGGAAUUGAUAUUGAUUAUCCUAAUAAGUUUCCGUGCUAUCCGGCGCAAGGAACGAAUAUAUCGGCAAAUCAACAGCUCACUACUGAUAACCUAAAUUCUGUUUUCAUACCGUUCCUAAAUGAUUUAUCAAGCCAAUUAAGGAAAUCUAAUGGCAGUAAGAUUUUAACGGUCACAGCAGGCCAGUAUCCUAUAUCUGGUCUUAACUCCAGUAAUUCUGGUAUUAUUAAUUUUGUGAAUAUUCAG